AUGGCUGUUUCCCAGAUCUCUUUUUCCGAGUUGGGGCCAGGACGUUGUGCUCAGAUCGUUGUGACACGCCUUCUCUGCUUUUGGAAAGCAAGGAAUGCCAAGAAGGGUGGUGAACUAAUGGGUGUGGCCGGUUUUUGUUUUUCCGUGUUUUGUCGUUUAAAUCUAGGUUUUGAUUACAAAUCUCAUUCCUUUGCAGUCUUACCAUUUACGAAUCCAAAUCUCUCCAGCGUUUCGGAAGGUUCCAAGAAGCGCCACAGUCUCGCAGAGUUAGUAUGA